ACGCACCGCACGGCGAGAUUGCCAGCUGCCUGCCUCAUAACCCUGGGAGCGUAUGAUUGUGUCAUCUACUUUCCCUCAUCCACCACCGUCCUGGUUAAUGUAUCUGACGUCAGGAAUGUGAGUGUCAGUGAUGGAGUGACGUUUGCAUUUCGACUGAUAUUGAUAGUUGCGGAGUAUUGGUGUGCGUUUUAAACUACGGUACACCCGAUGUGAGAGAGUGCAGGAAGCAGGCGGCAGGGGCAGAGGCAGGCGGGCGCAUGGAGGCUCGCGAGCGCCGGGCGCGCCGCGGGCCCGCGCCCAUCGCCUCCUUCGAUCACGACGCCUCCGAUGAAUCGAGUCCAGAAAAUAAACAAGCGAUACGAUUGCCUGAAAUCCGCGAAGAUCCUGCAAGUUCAAGUUGCAGCGUUGCACAGUCCACAAGCACAGGAGACGGCCUGGCCCCACCGGAACAGCGCGCCCGCUCCCUGUCAUCACCAGCCGUUCAUACCGCGACCGUAGUCACACCCGUAGCCUUGCAAACACCAUCUGCUCCACGCAUCGAUAUUUCUCGUGCUUCCAGUUCCAGUCAUCACGACUCUCGGGACAGCUCACCGGAGCUUGCAUUGUUUGCCGGAGGUGGUAGCAGUGAGGAAACAAGAGAACGUCUGGAAUUAGGUUUUCGUGAAGACGGCGCCCUGGACUUGCGGUCGUCUACAGAAGAACUGGCAUUCCUGGAGGGUGCUCCGGAAGCUGCAGAAGUGCGUCCACCACCUGUGGCGCAACCAUCGCGCAGGCACUCGCGUAAAGAUAGUCAAAGUUCUGAGGCCGCGCUUCUUGCUGUGUCCGGUCGCACUAGUCGAUUGUCCAGCGUAGGUUCUCAAUGCUCUGCUCAUUCUGCAAUUUCGGCUUUUAGUCAAAUAAGUCGCGUGUCACGACUUUCUGUUGUAUCAGGGACAUCUCGAUCACCUUCUCCGCAUAAAAUGCUUCUGGAAACAUCAUUUUGUGGUCCCAAGCCCAUAGAAACGGAUCCCGAAAUAUGCGCUGCUGCAGUGGAGGAACGGCUAUUAGAAAUUGCUAAAUUAACAAAUGAAGCCGGAGCAGCCUCAUCCUCUGAUCCACAACCUUUGCCAAUGCCAACUAUUCCUAUUGCUAUAGAUGCACGCGAUCGAAGAGAAGUUCGUACGGAAGUUACAUUAGAAAAUACUAGACCAGCUAGUGCACCAAAACUUACUUCACCCAGUGCUCCACCCACUACACCAGUACCAGAUCUCGCCGUUUCAACUAGUUCCUUAGAUGAUGACAAGCGUCUAAAAGAGACAAGAAAUCGAGCUAAAGUAGAAGAACACCGGGCUAGGUCAAGAGACAGACAUGAGACGAAUAAGCCAGAAGUCUAUCGAGCGGGAAACAGAUCUAAGGAUAUCAUUAGAAUCAAACUUAAACCAGACAAUGAAUACGACGACGAAGAGGAGGGUGAGAGUGAAGCGACUUUAGUCAGCAGUGAACCAGCUAAAAAACCAAUAACCCUUGAAUUAAAUGAUCAGUGCUCUAAACCAACUAAACCUGUAAGUCCAUUAGUAACAACUCGUCGCCAACGUGAUAGUAGAACGCCAUCUCCAAGUGGCGUUCCCGUUUCGAGAAAGUCGUCGUUUUGUUCGCUUUUUAAAUCGCGCGAGACAAUUGCUUCACCAGAUUCCCCUUCAGACGUAUUUCGUCGUAAAAAAAGUUUAAAUGAAGGUCGAUCAAGAAGUAAAAGCCGUGACCGUACGACUACACCAACUUCGGCUGGAAAAAUAAAAGGGUCUGUUUUAUCUUUAUUUAAAACACCAAGGCGUAGCGGGGCAUCACCAUCUCCAAGUUCACGUGAUGUGUCUCCUGUUGUUCAACAGCAGCGUCAAUUUCCCCAAACCCCUCAUGACAAACAACGUGGCGAAAAAUUGAAAUACUAUGAAGAUGCAAAGGAUGGCAUAAUUCAUAUUCCCCUUCGCACACCCCCUGAUGAAAUUGAGCCCAAAAAAGGUAAAGAAGGUAGCGAUGAUAAAAUAACGGAAAAGCCACGCCAAGUUAUCCGCCCCGCUUCAGCGCCACAGCCACGAGCUCUCCCGGACCGCUCAUUGGUCAUGUCACCCGUGCCUUCACCCAAACCCACUCAAAGGACGGUUCUUCCAGAUGGAAGCAUUAUAAUUCCAUUACAUUCACCAACAGAUAAAACUGCUAAAGUUAUACUUCCGUUCGAAACACAAGUUAAAUCCGAAUCUGACAUCAAAUAUCCCGAACAAAUAGAUCUGAAUCAUAAAGAACUUAACUUAUAUAAUAAUUUAAAACAUAAAGAACUCGAAUAUGCAACUGAAAGAAUCGAUUCGAUUCCUAACGAGCCCGACGGUUCACAGUUUAUCUCUUCGCCACCGCCAGAUAUAGUUCCAGAAACUUACAUCGGAGAGCGACCUAGACGUAAAGAACGAAUAGUUUUCACGACACAUGUGGGCAGUAAAGAACAUGUAUUUAGUACACAGUUUAGUAUAACAAAAACACCAAGCGUAACCAGUGAAAUAUCAGAAUCAAUACAGAGUGUUCCUGAAUUUGAAGAAGUCAAACAGAACGAAACUUCCCCUCAAGAAACAGAUUGGAAAAGUAAUGACGUAAUACAUAACGACCAAAAGUAUCAUUCACAAAGAGAAUCUUUUUGUGAAACAGGAGAAGAGAACGUGACCCGAGAAUUGAGCAGAGAAGUGAGUAGAGAAGUGAGCAGAGAAGUGAGUAGAGAAGUGAGUCCUACCCCAGAUACUGGGAGAGAUUCUUCAGAAUCCGAGACCAGUUUAGAAAUAGCAGCUACACACGGUGGAAGCGAAGCGGAGAGACGAGGACUUGUAGUUCAGGAAUCAUUUGAAGAGUUACCGUACGUUCCUACUACGCUACCCCUAGAGCGUUCACUAGCGCUCCCUAUGGUGCCGGUGCGAGAGCGAGGUGGAGUGCACGUGGCCGGAGUACAGCGGCCGCGCGCAACAAAGAGUGCGGGUCGCCAACCUGGAGCUCUGACAUCUCCCGCGCCCCUGGUCGCGCCUGCUGCCGUAUCCCCGCCGCCGGAGACUCUCCCGCUGACCGUCUCUACAUCAAACUUCCGCGGCGCGCACGCACGGUCUCCACAGCCUCCGCUGCUCCUCCACCGCCACCUCGCAACCUUCGCACUCGCUCCCGAAGCGGCGGCGAUGCGAGCUCUAUGGAAACGCGGAGCAAGACGGAGUGGAUCGAUUUCUCCGAGGUUCCUGAGCGUCGAAAGCAACCGAAGCGCAUUCAGACACUGCCAGCGAGCGCUCGCGACACCGUGGUGUUUAGUUACGUGCCCCCCGAGCGCUGCCGCUGCGACUGUCACGCUCACGACACUGCUGACGAUGAGCUGCCGCUUCUACAGGACGCCAGCCCAGCACGCGCUUCCAGUGCCGCCUCCCUGGAUGACCACGACCGCCACGAGCCCUUCAUCGCCGAUCUCGACCUUCGUCAUAGCACCUCGGACUCGUCGCGGCCACAAUGACCUCACUCGUCGUAUCCUUCCGUCUCUGAGCGUUGAUCUUUUAUAAAAUAUAUUCUCUAUCUUUAUUGACUCCAGAUGAGAUGUUAUCAUUUUUGAGAUGUAACUUUACCCGUUAGAUUAGGUUAGGUUAGAUUGGUAUAUAGUUUUUUGUCGUCUGUAACUCCUACUAUCAAUCGUUGAAUAUUUUUGAUGUUUAUCACUGUUCGUGUAUAGUAUUUCUUUACGUUUAACUUAUAUGUAGGUACUGAAAUCUUUUUGAAACUGAGUUGUGACCUACUAAUAAUAUUUCACCAAUUUAAAUAUUCAGAUACGAAAUUUUUAACAAAUCAUAGUCACAAAUAAUAAUAAAGAAGACCUUCGCCGUAGACUUUAGAUUAAUUUCGAACCACAAUAUAAAUUAAUGCUACCUUACUUUUUUGUAACUGAAACAAUUAACUCAAAAUCAUAUUUGGACAAAAUGGUUUCUCCUUCUUCAUACUGAUUUGUUAAAGUAAGUGAGAUAAACAGUGAAAGGAAGGAGUCCUUAACUGUGUUCCCGCAUUACUGUAUUAAUUUCAAUUCAUCAAAGCGGGUAUUUUUUAGCAAUGUGAUGUUAUUACAUCAUACAUAUAUUCGUACUCAAGUUGUUGUAUCCAUUCUGAACUCUUGAAUUUUAGAAAAGAAACGCAUAUAGGUAUUGUUAAGAGCAUAAUUAAGGAAAAUUCUUAUUUAUCAAGAAAAGAGACCCGCGCUAUCCUUCAUUUCACCUCAGCAUGUUUCCUGGUGUCUCACGCCAAGCUGUCGACUUUGUCGUUUUUAUUAAAACAACUCGUGAUGAGCGACAUUGACUUAUUAUCAUAAAGGUUCAGUUUUAUCGACAUCGACCUGACACCGCGCAUCCUCAAACAUUCAAAGCGACUGAUAAAAUAUUGCCAAGUGGAAUCACCUCUCACAUACAGUACAUCAUGAUACCUCAUUUUAGCUUUGAUUCACGGUGUAAAUACCAGAAAUGCGAGUGUAAAAAUAAACACGUCUAGAGCUUUAUUAUGAAAUCUAAGUAUUUUUAAAUAUUUAAAAUUGUUUCAUGUUUAUAAACGGUAGUUAUUUGUGAUAAGAUUCUGUCUUUAUAUAUUGACUUUUAGAUAUUCGAACCGAAUGUAACGAGAAUUGUGUGAACUGUAUUCUCAUACAAAUGAACUAUUUAUUGUGCGGUCUUCUUGUAUCUUCUUGGUUAUUGUUAAAAAAAGAUGUAAAGAAGUAUUAUUCUGAGAAGCCUGACUCUUCGAGGAAACUGCACAAGUCACUGUUUAGUACAUACUGUAGAACUUUGUAAAUAUCGUGACUAGAUGUUCGACGCGAGGGUGUGACUGGUAUCCAUUCAGGUUACAUGUUUGCGAAUUUAAUCUUGUGUCUCAAAAUUUUCAAUAUUCCGAACAGUAAAAGAAUCGUCUUUGAAGUUCGAUGAUGUCGUACGAGGUCACAUAUCAUCUUCGGUCUGCGCCGCCGUUGCUAUUUUAUCGCUGAAACGUGCUCAACGCUACUUUGAAAUUAUUAAAAUUAGAUUUUUCCAUUUUAUUGUAUUUUAUUGAAAGGAGUGGGCGCUCACGAAAAGUAAAAAAAAUGAAUCAGUAAAACUUAGUAACAGUUGUAUAAGAGGCUUGUCGCUUGCCGCUUGUAUUUUAAAGCUCUCACUUGCUCUCCAAGCCGUUACUUGCAGAUCAGCGAAACUUGUAUUAUAACUGCUGUACUGUGAUGUUGAUGACAAGUGUAGAUGAUGUAAUUCUCUUGUUUGUAUCAAGAUUUAGCGUUUGAAUCUUUUAAUAACUUUCUUUGUUUCUCUAACUUUCUUUUUGAAUAGAAUGUAAUGUAAAUUAGAGUUGUUUGUAUUUGUAAGUUGAGUUGGCUGCAGAUUAUUUUUGCGUGUCGUCUGUGUGUUCUUAUUUUUAUAUAAUUAUUUGUCUCCUCGAUGCAAUAAUAAUUAAGGCUGUAUGUACCGAUGUUAUUGUACUUCUACAGUUUAGGCAAGAGUCUGAAAUAUAAGGAAUAUAAAAUGUUUGCUUUCCAA